ACUUGACAAACGUCGAUUAGGUUUCAAACAUCGGUCAAUCAAAUUCUUGCAUAAACUAAAACACUCGCAAUCCCGAAAUGGCGAGGGAUAGUUGUCUGGCUCGUAUAACUGCCGGCGUUGCUGUUGGAGGUGCUAUUGGUGGCGCCGUGGGUGCUGUUUAUGGAACAUAUGAGGCAGUAAGGUAUAAGGUACCUGGACUUUUGAAGAUCAGAUACAUUGGACAAACCACACUUGGUAGUGCUGCCAUCUUUGGUCUUUUCCUGGGUGCUGGGAGCUUGAUACAUUGUGGGAAAUCAUAUUGAUUUAUUCUAUUCAGAGCAUCAAGAUAUCAACUUUGUUCUGCUCACAAGGAUCUGUGCUUCAACUUCACUUGCCUUUGAGCUGAAGGAUAGAACUUGUGGUAGCGAUUAGUUGUUUCUUUCAACAUAAAAUUUCCUAUGAUGUUAUGGCUUUCAGAAACAGCUUAGCAGCAAUUAGCCUUGCGAAAUUUCUUGGUUAUUGUCACUUUCACAGUUGUCGGGCUCCUUGAUGGUUGCCUCUUUUUUUUUUCUUUUUUUUUUUUGCCUCUCUCAUGGUAGUAGUCUUUUCUUUAGAUGUAAAACUUUAUCUAUGCCAUUUCCAUUGCCAAUCCAUAAUUUGAUUUGCAUGGCCAAAA